GGCGCUAUGAAAACAACAUGGCUGAUACUAAACGGAGUCGAGUCGAUUAGAGUAAAGUUGAGAUCAGAGCAGUUAUUUGAUCACAUUCAUCACAUUUCCUUCAGAUGAGACUUGAGAAAACUUUGGUCUGUGGUUUGUUUCCUGUUCAGCAGCAGAAUCACUUCACAGACGUUCAGCAGCUUCAUGACGAUCAUUUCCUGCUUUCACAAGCUUCUUACCUGACCACCAGAGGGCGGGCUCUUCUGUUAAACCAGUGGACUCACCUGCAGUGAAGGGCUGUAAAGUGUGAUGCAAACAGCGUCUUGACAGGUGGCGCUCUGCUAUGAAUCAGAUCAAGGACAGUGAAGAGGAAGCUCUGCCCUCUAAAACCACUCUGUGUGAGGAACAUGAGGGUCAGAGGAGGAUCCAUCAACAGAGACCAGACUCUGUCAGACCUGGACCUGGACCAGGACCCAGCUGUGUGUCCAUGAAGAGUGACCAGUCCAUGGAUCAACCUGUGAGCUUCAAACAAGAACAGAGAGUUGAUCAGCAGAGGACAGAGGUUCUCAGUGGUCAGUCUGUCCAGCAGCAUGGAGCAGACCUGGACUCCAUAUUUAAGCUGCUGGAGGAGAAUAUCAUCUGCUUUGUGAAGAACGAGCUGAAGAAGAUCCACAAGGUUCUGGAUACAGAUCACACAGAAGUCUCAGAGAGUCAGAGGGAGGAUGAGGAGCAGAGGAGCAGCAGAGAGGCCUUUCUGAAGAUCACAGAGGACUUCUUAAGGAGGAUGAAGCAGGAGAAGCUAGCUGACAAAAUCAGAGCUUCAGCUUGUCGACGUGAACUCAAAUCAAACCUGAAGAAGAAGUUCCAGUGUUUGUUUGAGGGCGUGGCUAAAGCAGGAAACCCCACCCUUCUGAAUGAGAUCUUCACAGAGCUCUACAUCACAGAGGGAGGGACUGGAGAGGUCAAUGAAGAACAUGAGGUCAGACAGAUUGAAAGAGCUUCCUGGAAACCAGACAGACCAGAAACAUCCAUCAGACAAGAAGACAUCUUUAAAGCCUCAGCUGGAAGAGACGGACCAAUCAGAAGAGUGAUGACAAAGGGCGUGGCUGGCAUUGGGAAAACAGUGUUAACACAGAAGUUCACUCUGGACUGGGCUGAAGACAAAAGCAACCAGGACGUACAGUUCAUGUUUCCCUUCACCUUCAGAGAGCUGAAUGUGCUGAAAGAGAAGAAGUUCAGUUUGGUGGAACUCAUCCAUCACUUCUUCACUGAAACCAAAGAAGCAGGAAUCUGCAGGUUUGAAGACUUUAAGGUGGUCUUCAUCUUUGAUGGUCUGGACGAGUGUCGACUUCCUCUGGACUUCCACAACACUGAGAUCCUGACUGACGUCACAGUGUCCACCUCAGUGGACGUGCUGCUGACAAACCUCAUCAGGGGGAAACUGCUUCCCUCUGCUCGCCUCUGGAUAACCACACGACCUGCAGCAGCCAAUCAGAUCCCUCCUGACCGUGUGGACAUGGUGACAGAGGUCAGAGGGUUCACGGACCCACAGAAGGAGGACUACUUCAGGAAGAGGUUCAGAGAUGAGGAGAAGGCCAGGAGGAUCAUCUCCCACAUCCAGACAUCACGAAGCCUCCACAUCAUGUGCCACAUCCCAGUCUUCUGCUGGAUCACUGCAACUGUUCUGGAGAACAUGUUGAAAACCAGAGAUGGAAGAGAACUGCCCAAGACCCUGACUGAGAUGUACAUCCACUUUCUGGUGGUUCAGUCCAAAGUGAAGAAGGUCAAAUAUGAUGGAGGAGCUGAGACUGAUCAACACUGGAGUCCAGAGAACAGGAAGAUGAUUAAGUCUCUGGGGAAACUGGCUUUUGAGCAGCUGCAGAAAGGAAACCUGAUCUUCUAUGAAUCAGACCUGACAGAGUGUGGCAUCGAUAUUACAGCAGCUUCAGUUUACUCAGGAGUCUUCACUCAGAUCUUUAAAGAGGAGAGGGGCCUGUACCAGGACAAGGUCUUCUGCUUUGUCCAUCUGAGUGUUCAGGAGUUUCUAGCUGCUCUUCAUGUUAAUCUGACCUUCAUCACCUCUGGAACAAAUCUGUUGUCAGAAGAACCAACAACGAGCCAGUGGUCCAUACAAACAAAAAAACCUAAACUGAAUCAUCUGCACCAGAGUGCUGUGGACGAGGCCUUACUGAGUCCAAAUGGACACCUGGACUUGUCCCUCCGCUUCCUCCUGGGUCUUUCACUGGAGACCAAUCAGAAGCUCUUAAGAGGUCUACUGACACAAACAGGAAGUGGUUCACAGACCAAUCAGGAAACAGUUGAGUACAUCAAGCAGAAGAUCAGUGAGAAUCUGUCAGCAGAGAGAAGCAUCAACCUGUUCCAUUGUCUGAAUGAACUGAACCAUCGUUCUCUUGUGGAGGAGAUCCAAGAGUCCCUCACAUCAGGACGCCUGUCCAGAAAGACACUGUCUCCUGCUCAGUGGUCAGCUCUGGUCUUCAUCUUACUGUCACCAGGAAAAGAUCUGGAAGAGUUUGACCUGAAGAAAUACUCUGCUUCAGAGGAGGCUCUUCUGAAGCUGCUGCCGGUGGUCAAAGUCUCCACCAAAGCUCUACUGAGUGGCUGUAAACUCUCAGAGAGAAGCUGUGAAGCUCUGUCCUCAGUCCUCAGCUCUGUGUCCUCUAGUCUGAGACACAUGGACCUGAGUAACAAUGACCUGCAGGAUCCAGGAGUGAAGCUGCUGUGUGAUGGACUGAAGAGUCCUCACUGUUCUCUGGAGACUCUCAGAAUGAGUGGCUGUAAACUCUCAGAGAGAAGCUGUGAAGCUCUGUCCUCAGUCCUCAGCUCUGUGUCCUCUCGUCUGAGACACGUGGACCUGAGUAACAACGACCUGCAGGAUCAAGGAGUGAAGCUGCUGUGUGAUGGACUGAAGAGUCCUCACUGUUCUCUGGAGACUCUCAGUCUGUCAGGUUGUCUGGUCUCAGAGGAAGGAUGUUCUUCUCUGACCUCAGCUCUGAACUCCAACCCCUCCCAUCUGAGAGAACUGGACCUGAGCUACAAUCAUCCAGGAGACUCAGGAGAGAAGCUGCUGUCUGCUGGACUGAAGAGUCCUCACUGGAGACUGGACACUCUCAGGAUGGACCAUGCUGGAGAGCAGUGGUUAAAACCUGGUCCCAGGAAGUAUUCAUGUGAACUGGAACUGGACACAAACACAAUGAACAGAAAACUCAAACUGUCUGACGACAACAGGAAAGUGACCUUUGUGACAGAAGAUCAGUCGUAUCCUGAUCAUCCAGACAGAUUUGAGUUCUGGUCUCAGCUGCUGUGUAGACCUGGUCUGACUGGUCGCUGUUACUGGGAGGUCGAGUGGAGAGGAGAUGUUUGUAUAUCACUGAGUUACAGAGGAAUCAAGAGGAAAGGCGACAGUUAUGACUGUGUGUUUGGAUAUAAUGAUCAGUGCUGGAGUCUGUUCUGCUCUGAUGAUCAUGGUUACUCUGUCCUUCACUGUGAGACACAAACACCCAUCAUGUCCUCUGUCUCUCACAGAGUAUCAGUGUAUGUGGACUGUCCUGCUGGGACUCUGUCCUUCUACAGCGUCUCCUCUGACUCACUGAUCCACCUCCACACCUUCAGGACCACAUUCACUGAACCGGUUUAUCCUGGGUUCCUGGUCUUUCCUGAUUCCUCAGUAUCUCUGUGUCCUCUGUAGGACAUGAAGAGACAGCAGCUUCAGUGGUGGACGAGGUCAAAGCUCGUCUCAGUCAUUCUUUGUUGAAACCGUCAAUAAAUAAAGACUUAAAAAAUCAA